CUACAGCGGGCCCUCACAACCCUAUAUCAUGCCGUGCUUCCUGUUCCCAACACAGCUUGUGCAUUGAAUUAACAGCAGCAGCAGCAGCAGCAGCGUAGUCAUGACUGAAUCUACUAUUCAAGUACCGGGCAAGCCCGAGGUUAUUGAGAAUCGUCUCUACAUCAACGGGGAGUUCGUCCCAUCCCAAUCCGGGGCCACAUUCGACCUGUAUAACCCCGCCACCGAAGCCCACAGUGCUUCGGUCUACGAGGCCGGUCCUGAGGAUGUCGACCGGGCCGUGGCGGCUGCCAAAGCGGCCUUUCCAGGCUGGUCUGAACUCGGUGCCCUGCAACGUGCCCACUACCUGGAGAAAUGGGCCGACAACCUGGAGAAACGCACAGCCGAGCUAUCCAGCGCAUGGCCGCGGAGUCGAAUCUCAAGGCCCGUAGAUCUGGAAUUGGGCGGGAAAUCACCCCUCGUGAUCUGGGACGAUGCCGAUCUGAGCAAGGCGGUGCCUGCCGCGGCGAGGUCGAUCCUGGGGAACUCGGGACAGCGGGGGGACUUUAUUGAGAUGCUUGCCACGACGAUGAAGGAGAUGGGGGGCGGUGGGGAUCCGUUGGACCCGAAGACCACGCGCGGGCCGCAGGCGGAUGCGGUGCAGUUUGAGCGCGUGCGGGGAUAUCUGCAGCUCGCGCAGGAGGAGGGGGUGAAGGUGUACUUGGGUGGUGGUCGGGAAGGGAGCACGGGGUACUUUGUGCAGCCGACGAUUCUGGCGGAUGUGCCGGAGUCGUCGAGACUGGUUCAAGAGGAGACUUUUGGCCCGGUGGUGGUGGUAAAUACCUUUGAGGAGGAAGAGGAUAUGAUGAGGCGGGCGAAUGAUACUGAGUAUGGGUUGUAUGCGAGUGUGUAUACGCGGGAUAUUUCCCGGGCGUUGCGGGCGGCGAAGCGGUUUGAGGCGGGCAGUGUGUGUGUGAAUUGUACGAGUCCGACCAUGGCGUUUGAUAUGCCGUUUGGGGGGUGGAAGGGGAGUGGGCAGGGACGGGAGUUGGGACGGUAUGCCACGGAGCAUUGGACCGAGGUGAAGUCGGUGUUUAUUGCGUUGUAA